AUGGAACUCAUCCCAGGCAUCCUCCCCCCCUCUCGGGAGAAUUGGGAACUCAUCGUCUACUACUGGCAAUUCUUCCCACUACUCACAGCAGUCCAAUGGCUCAUAGACUUCUACCCUCAAGGCAAAACCUCCAUCGACUCACGCUUCAACCUUCCCGGAAAAUGGGCCUGGUUCAUCAUGGAAAUUCCCGGAUUUCUCAUCGUGCUCUACUGCGCAUUUACCCUUCCCGUCAAACUCGGUCUCUCCUCCCCCUCCUCCUCUCCAUCAGCAGCAGAAGGAGGAGAACAAGGUCUCCCCUACGCAAACUGGACAAUGAUAACCCUCUACACAAUCCACUACAUCUACCGCGCAAUUCUCUCCCCCUUACUCCUCAAUCCAUCCAUGUCUCCCAUCCACCCCAUCGUAUUUUUUUCCGCUUUCGCCUGGCAAGUCCUCAACGGCCUUUCCCUCGGCGGUUGGUUAGCAGGCUAUGGCCCCACAACCGUAUACGACUGGGCAGGAAGAUUAUAUACCAUGGAAAUUGGUCUUGUCAUUUUCGGUUGGGCGUUUUUGGGAAAUAUUUUUCAUGAUGAUGAUUUACGUGAGAUUAGACGUGCUGCGGGAAGAAGACAGAGGGAACAAGCAGCAGCUGCGCAGGCGGAGGCGAAGCAGUCUCCAUCUCAACCUCCUCAAACAGAGGUAAAACCCCAAGAAGGAACAACAACAACAACAACAACAACAACAGAAAAACUCUACAUGCUCCCCAAAAACGGCCUUUUCCACUUCAUUCUGUACCCGCACUAUCUCUGCGAAUGGAUCGAAUGGUUUGGAUUCUACAUGAUUGGCGGUUGGGACUGUAUUCCCGCUCGGACUUUUUUACUUAAUGAAAUUUCUACCAUGUUGCCGAGGGCGUUGGCCGGCAGGAGAUGGUAUGUGGAGAAAUUUGGAAAGGAGAGGGUUGGGAGGAGGAAGGCGAUUAUACCGGGGAUUUUGUGAGGAAGAAAUAAAAAAGAGAAGGGGGGAGGGGGACAUAUGAUGAUGAGGGUUUAAGAGGUGAUGAUGGUUGAUGGGGGAAACCUGAGGAGUGGAGAUGGAGAGGGAGGGGGGAUUAAUCAUACCUGAUCUUUCGAGAAACAAAGAAAAACGAGAGACUCGACUCGACGAGCACAAGAAGAAACGAAACGGGUUCAAAACUACUCUACCUUAC